UUUCUUCUCUAUUUGAUCGGUUGUAAGCGUCAAUAAUCUCUCGUCCGAAAAGGGUUCUUCUAAAAGCUAUUGAUGUUAGGAUUUAUUUACGCUUUAACCCAAUCGAUUUGCAGAUUGCCUAUUAAUAACAAUGUCUACUUUAAAUGAAGUGAGUAUGGCGGUGAGUGACGAAGAUGCUCAUGUUGCAAGGCUUAAGGGGAAAUAUGCUGCAAUGGUUGUGUGCUGGCUUCUUGGGAAUGGAUGCCUCUUUUCUUGGAACAGUAUGCUGACCAUUGAAGAUUACUAUGGCUAUUUGUUCCCGGUUAUAUUCUUGAAUCCCGAACUUUUUGACCAAUUUAUUAGAACUUCAAGGCCUACUAAUUCAUUUACAACCUCAAUAUCUUAUCAAUAUGAUGGACACUUUAAAUAGAACCUUAUGUUUUUCCCCUUUCGAAUCCUUUCCAGAAAUACCACUCUUCAAGAGUUCUUACUCUUGUGUAUCAGCCGUUUGCCCUCGUAACAAUCUCGAUGCUCACAUAGUGGGAAGCAAAGAUCAACACCAGAAAACGGAAUCUCUUUGGCUAUCUUCUGUUCUUCAUUUGCUCCCUCUUUGUUUUAAUUUUAGAUUUAGCAACUCUGGAAAAGGAGGGCUCGGUCCCUUCAUAGGAAUUUGUAUUAUUAGCGGAGGUUUUGGAAUUGCGGAUGCUCAUGUUCAAGGGGGAAUGGUUGGGGACCAUUCCUUUAUGCAUCCUGGACUUAUGCAGUCUUUUCUGGCUGGUUGUGCUGCCUCAGGCGCUCUUACCUCCAUUUUAAGAUUAAUUACAAAGGGAGCAUUUGAAAAUUCGAAGAAUGGCCUUCGCAAAGGAGCUCUUUUGUUCUUCGCCAUUUCGGCCUUUUUUGAGCUUCUCUGUGUUAUCCUCCACGCAUUUACUUUCCCAAAACUGCCAAUUGUCAAGCACUUUCGGGCCAAGGCAGCUUUAAAGGGAUCUAAAACAGUUUCCGCUGACCUUGCUGCUGCUGGUAUCCAUAGGGUAGCAAAUGAGGCCGAGGGAAAAACAACCGAAGUGGGGCGACUGAGCAAUAAAAAAUUACUCUUGCAGAAUGUAGACUAUGCAAUUGGCCUCUUUUUGAUAUAUGCUCUCACAUUGUCCAUUUUUCCUGGAUUCUUAUCUGAGGAUACUGGUUCACACAGUUUAGGAACAUGGUAUGCACUCGUGCUGAUUGCAGCUUACAACGUUUUUGACCUUGUUGGGAGAUACAUUCCACUGAUAAAAUGUAUAAAGUUAGAGUCACGGAAAUGGCUUAUGGUAUCAAUCCUUGCACGUAUCUUACUCGUACCGGCAUUCUAUUUCACGGCCAAAUAUGGCAAUCAAGGUUGGAUGAUACUACUCACUUCAUUCUUAGGCUUGACUAAUGGUUACCUCACUGUUUGUCUGCCCACUACUGCACCAAAAGGUUACAAGGGACCAGAGCAGAAUGCAUUGGGAAAUUUGUUGGUUAUGUUUUUGCUUGGAGGAAUAUUUGCUGGAGUAACACUGGAUUGGCUGUGGCUUAUAGGCAAGGGCUGGUAAAAGGGAAUAGAUUUAUGGGGUUUUUGUGAGCUUUUUAAUAAAUGUAUAUUUUCUUUUUGUUCUUUUAUUAUUAUUAUUAUUAUUUGGGAUAGAAUUUGGCUCUUUAUUCUCUGCAAGUGUUUUUCAAGUAAUUCUUGUCAAACACUCAAGGCCUAACAAUGUAGCACAUCACUUAAAAA